GGUUAUACAACCGGGUACACAAGCAGUGCCUGUGUGCGGGCCCGGUUAUACAACCGGGUGGGUGUAUUUCCGGUAAGAAUGCGUCAUACACCCGCGAACCGAGGGAAACCCGGAAGUAACUUGGCGGCAUCUCCCGCCAAAAGGUUAAGGGUCAUUUUUCCGAUUGCGCAAUCUAUCCCGUGGUGCUUUGCGCGGCAUAAUUUAUGUUAAUGAGCAACAUGGCGAACGUCGUCCGCUAGUUUGUUUACUUCUUUUGUUUGGGUGUUUCUGGCGGCAAAUUUGUUAUCUAAACGCCAAAAUGAGUCGGUAUUCGUUGAGACAAGUACACGAGGAGAUUUUUUCGAACGAUUCAGACCCAGAAUAUCCUACUUCGACCGAAGAUUCUGAUGAGAGCAGCAGCGAAGACGACGAGUCCCCACCUCGUUCUCCAAGCCCUGGCGGGGCUAGCGGAGAGGGACCCUCAGACGAUCUUGAUGAACUUGACACGGGCGACAACGGUGCCAAUGGCCGUGGAAGAGCUCGGGGUACCGGCCGGGGACGUCGUGGACGAGCUCGAGGAGGUCGUGGACGUGGACGCGGCAGGGGAAGAGGCGCAAGUUCUGCAAGGGGGCGAGGCAGGCGUGGUCGCCCUGCAACCCGCGGACGUGGCGCUCGGGGACGCACAACUCCCGGUGGCACGCGCCGAACAGCUGUCUUGGAUUCCCGUCUUGCCGAUGAGAACUGGCAAGAGGUGGAUGGUGACACUUUGCCCCAGCCUCCCCAUCCUUUUACUGCAGAGCGGGGGUUUACUGACCAGGUCACAUUGCCAGAUGAUCCUGUGGAAUUGGACUUUUUAAACCUCAUGUUCCCGGACCAUCUAUACAAAGUUCUCACAGAGCAGACUAACAAAUAUGCGGAGGACUUCUUUGCCCAGAACCCUAAACCUGGCCUGCCCCCAAACUCACGUCCAAGGGACUGGCCGGAGAAUGGAAUUACCGAGCCAGAUAUGAAAGCAUUUAUGGCUUUGACUAUAGCGAUGGGUAUCAUUCACCAACAAGACAUCAAUGACUAUUGGUCGGUGGAUGAGGUGCAGGAAACACCCUUCUUCCGGUCAGUCAUGUCGCGCGACAAGUUUCAGCUCAUAUUCAAGUUCAUGCACCUCAAUGACAACGAUGAGUACAAGGCCCGUGGUGACCCAGAAUACGAUCCGUUUCAGAAACUGGGGGUAUUCUACCCAACUAUCACACAGCAGUUUAAGUCAACAUGGUCGCCCGGCAGAGAGAUCUGCAUCGACGAGGGCAUGGUUCCCUUCAGGGGAAAUGUGCAUUUCCGAACAUACAAUCCAGACAAACCGGACAAGUAUGGGCUCAAAGCUUACGAGCUGUGUGACUCAAGCAACAGCUACUGCUGUUGUUUUGAGCUGUAUGGCGGGAAGGGCAAGGAACCAUCAGAGAAGGGGCUGACGUAUGACAUUGUUAUGCGACUAAUGGAGCCUUACGUCGGGACAGGCCGAACAUUGUACUGCGACAACUACUACAGCUCGCCACAGCUAUUCCUUGACCUUGCCGAUGCCAACACCAACACCUGUGGCACGAUGCGCAACAGAAAGGGCGUCCCAGACGCAUUCAAAGACGCUUCAGUAACUACGCCCCAACAGAAGUUUUGCAUGGCAAAUGGACCCCUCCUUGCAGUGAAGUACAAGGACAGGAGGGAUGUCAAGAUGUUGACAACUGCACACAGUGCAAAGCUUGUCGGCACGAAGAAGAACAACCAUCGUGGGGAAGAGAAAGUGAAGCCGGAGUGUAUCCAUGAGUACAACCUGUCCAUGGGUGCUGUAGACACCUCGGAUCAGAUGGUGGCCUACUUGAGCUUCAGAAGGCGCUCCCUAAAGUGGUGGAAGAAGGCUUUCUUCCACAUUUACAGUCUUGGCAUCUGUAAUGCAUUCAUCCUGUACAAAGAACACAAAGAACAGCAAAGAGCACAGCAAAGAGCACAGCAAAGAGCACUGCAAAGAGCAAACAACACGGAUGGUGAUGAUGACGAGCAACAAGCAGAACCAAAGCCACUUCACAAGGUCUUCCGAAGAGAGAUUGUGAAACAACUCAUCUCCACAUCAGGAUAUGCGAAGCCACAGAGGAAAAGUCUGAGUGCAAGUGGCGCUGUCCUGCAACGGCUCACUGGUCGCCAUUUCUUGGAGGAUAUAGUAAAGGAUACGUACAUCAAUAACUGAGAUUUUCAGAAAAAUUUUUUUCGAUAUUAAAACAAGGGGUGAAUUAAUUUAACUCAAUAACAAAUAUAUUCUACAUUUAAAGUACAUUUCACGAUGUCUUACUAUGAUUAGCAAUACGUUGUGCUUCUGAGAUUUAUUUUGAUCUUCCAUUUUUGAGAUAAAUCAGCAAUAGAAGAUUGUUGUAAGAAAGGCUGUUAGAAAGGAGGACAUUUGCGUCAACCCGCGGUCGAAUUUCCAAAGACGCAAUUCUAUCUUUCUGUUCUGUAUGUAUUUAUAUUCAUAUUUGUGUGUGCAUUUCUAUGCAUGUGUUCUUAUAUGUGCAUGUCCCUGUUUGCGUGACUGUAUUCAUGUGUGCAUGUCUAUGUAUGUAUACGUGUCUGUAAAUAUGUUUGUAUGCGUUUAAGCAUAUGAUGGAGUAUGCCACAUUUGUGUGUAGAAUACACAUAUUCAUAGAGUAUAUAUCCUCAAAUAGUUGCUGUGUAUAAAACUGUACGUAUGUAUGCGAUUGUGCGUGUAUGUGCGAUUGUACAUGUCACUUAAACUUUAACGAAAUUCUAUAUAACUGUAAAGUAAGCCAGACUAAGGUACUGUUACAAACUAGUGAGUGGUAUACAGCAUGUUGCAUAAAGAACUUUGGACUUGGCGAUGGACUGCUAUACUCUAUUGAGUAUACUAAUACUUAACAGAACAUUAAAGUGUUAGAAAAAU